UAUGAGUUCUGCAAAUAAAAGUUUAAUGUGAAGCUAAACAAAAGCAAAUGACCUGUUAAUAUUUUCGGUAUUUUAUAACAAUACCUUAAAUUACAAAUACUCCCAUUGAUAUAAAAAAUCAUUAUUUUAAGUUACUGUUGUUGUUUAUUUUUUAAACAAAACCAAAAAGAAAUUUAUUGCAAGAAUUCGUUGGACUACGAAAUGACUUUAGCUCAUCGAGCACUGUUUACCUGGUUCAUUGUUUUGGUGUUUUUAAUAUUACUCUGUUUACGUCUCGAUCCACGUACUCAUUGGAAUUGGUUUCUGGUAUUUAUACCCCUAUGGGUAUUCGAUGGCAUUCUCAUUAUCUACGUCAUUAUAAAAAUUAUACGCAAGUGGCGAAAUCUCAAGCGUCUUAAGGAACUACUCAUCUAUUACCAGUGGUACAUUGGUGGUGUUUUACUUAAAAUUGCAUCCCAGCUAAUGAUAUGUCUGACGCUGGAGUAUCCUGAACUCGAAAUAUCGAUAUUUGUAACAAUGAUUCCCAUUUGGAUUCUAUUGUCGGCCUCAAUUGUUUACGUUUUUGGUCGUCUGAAUAACAUUGAAUCGUGGUGACGUCAGGAGAAAUCCAAAAAUAAGAACAACGACGAAUGUACGGAAAGACUGUUUAGUUUCUAGCACAGAGAAAUUAAUAGUGUAAAUGUAAAGGGGUCUUUAAUCAUACAUCAUUGCAAAGCAGAUAAAUGUAAUUAUUAGAUUAAGUCCAUCAAUUAAAUAUAAAUUAUUUUUAAACUUUUAAAGUAAUUCCAUUCUUAUAUAUUCAUGUAUUAAGUUUUAAUUUCAUUAUUAGUUUUGUAAUUUAUUGAUAAAUAAUUACAAAUAAAAUGAAUAAACAUCUCAUAA